AGCAACAUAUCUGCAAGUGACUUCUCGUUAUCAUUUUGAACACUGCCGAAAUGUGCGAGGAUCAAGGAAACUUCUCAGCAGAAUCUCCUUGAAUUAUUAAUAAUAUAUCAAGUUUUAUCUUUUUUUUAUAAUUUGCUUCUCACUAUCCUGUCACGUGCGUUUGGCGUGAAGACUAAGCGGUCAGUUCAUUAGUUCACAUGACCCCAAGUUCGACUCCGAAGAUAGCCGAAUGAUUUUUUUUUAAUGUGCGCGUACAAAACACAUCACAAGAAAAACAUAUGUUGCUCAUUCUUCUUUGAAAUACAUAAAUUUGAAGAACUGUGUGUUCCUGGUGCUGUUGUGUCUAUAUAAAGUGUUGUGGCUGGUCUGUCUGCUUCCACAUCACCAGUUUCUUCACAUCUAGACACAGCUCAUCAUGACCGCUUGUAGGUUCUGUGCAGAGAACACGAAGCCAUGGUGCAGCAUCAGAUCACGGCCCCGCUGAUCGUGGUUUCGAACCGCCUGCCGUUCGUUCUGCAGAGGAAUAAGGACGGAGUAAUUUCGAGGAAAGCGAGCGCCGGAGGUUUGGUCACUGCUGUGGCUCCUGUCGUGGUAGACUGCGGGGGGCUCUGGAUUGGAUGGUCAGGACUUCACUCGAAGGAACCCUUGGAAUUUAUUCCAGAGUCAGAUCCCGAUGAUAAAGCGCCGACUGCUGGACUUCUGUCCAAACAGGUGGUAGCGGUUCACAUCCCGGAAAGAGAGUUUGACGAUUUUUACAAUGGGUGCUGCAACGGCACCUUCUGGCCACUCUUCCAUUCGAUGCCCGACCGCGCAGUUUUUAAGGCGCACACAUGGGAUGCUUAUUGCAGUGUGAACAGGGAAUUUGCUAACUGCACACUACAAGCCCUGAGGAAUUCACUUAGGGAACUGGAUGAACAGGAGAAGUUUGAGACAUGCCCUGUGGUGUGGAUCCACGACUACCAGCUGCUGGUUGCAGCAACCACCAUUCGACAGGUGAUUGAAGAGGAGAAACUGAGGUGCAAGCUGGCAUUUUUUCUUCACAUUCCGUUUCCUUCAUGGGAUAUAAUGAGGCUGUUUCCAUGGGAUGAUGAGAUAUUGCAAGGAAUGUUGGCCUGUGACAUGGUGGGCUUCCAUAUUGAGGACUACUGCCUCAACUUCAUUGACUGCUGCUCACGGCGCCUUGGCUGCAGAGUGGACCGCAACAAUAUGCUUGUUGAAUUGGCAGGCCGCACUGUUCACAUCAAGGCUCUUCCAAUUGGCAUUCCCUUUGACCGCUUUGUACAGCUUGCUGAAACCACACCUCGCUUCCUCAAACUGGCAGAGUCUGAGAAGAUCAUCCUUGGUGUUGACAGACUGGAUUACACAAAAGGUUUAGUUCAUAGAAUUCUUGCAUUUGAACGUCUACUGGAAAAAUACCCAGAGCACGUGGAGAAGGUGACCCUGCUGCAGAUCUCAGUACCCUCACGCACAGAUGUACGAGAAUACCGUCAACUCAAAGAGGAGAUGGACCAACUUGUGGGACGCAUCAAUGGCCGCUUCUCCAUGCCGAACUGGUCUCCCAUUCGUUACAUCUAUGGUGGAGUGACCCAGGAACAGUUAGCUGCUUUCUACCGUGACUCUGCAGUUGCUCUGGUCACACCACUCAGGGAUGGAAUGAACUUGGUGGCAAAAGAAUAUGUUGCAUGCCAAAUCAGGGAGCCUGGAGUCCUCAUAUUGUCACCAUUUGCUGGUGCAGGUGGCAUGAUGCAUGAAGCUCUUGUGGUGAAUCCCUAUGAGAUUGACAAGGCUGCUGACACGAUUCACAGAGCCCUUAACAUGCCACUGGAUGAACGGGAGGUGCGAAUGAAGCAACUGCGUCACCGAGAGCAGCAGAUGGAUGUCAACCACUGGAUGAAUUCAUUUCUUGCUAGUAUGGGCGCUGUCAACAAUUCAGAUCAAGCUGAUCCUCUGUCAACUAAGAUGACUCCAUUGACUCUUGAUGAUUUUGAUCAAUACCUGAACAACCACAUAGACACAAUUUGCAAACUAAGCCUUAUUCUGGACUAUGAUGGCACUUUGGCACCUCUGACCUCACAUCCAGACUUGGCAAUCAUGCCAGAAGAAACAAAGCGUGUCCUGGAGCGUUUAUCCAACAUGCCAGAUGUUAACAUUGCCAUAAUUUCAGGUCGAAGCUUAGAGAAUGUGAAGAAGAUGGUGGGAUUGGAUCAACUCACAUAUGCAGGCAGUCAUGGAAUUGAAAUUCUUCAUCCAGAUGGAACCAAAUUUGUUCAUCCAGUUCCAUUUGAAUACGCUGAGAAACUUAGAGAAUUGGUGCAACUGCUGGAGAAGGAAGUGGGUCACAGUGGGGCUUGGGUUGAACACAAAGGAGUACUUCUCACAUUCCAUUAUCGUGAGACACCAUCCCAGCAGAGGGAUGAAAUUGUGCGGAAAGCGUGUGAAAUUUUCCAAAAAGCUGGAUUUGAGCCUCAUGAAGCACACAUGGCAAUUGAAGCCAAGCCUCCAGUGAAAUGGGACCAAGGCCGGGCAUGUAUCCAUAUUCUGCGCACCAUGUAUGGAGCAGACUGGUCUGAGAGAGUAAGGAUUGUCUAUGCUGGCACUGAGGCUGCCAUGCAGGCCUUGUCUGGGAUUGCCUGCACAUUUAGAGUGGACUCAUCACCAACAGUGAGAACAGCAGCCAACUUUCGACUUGAGGGACCAGAUGCCGUACUCACGAUGUUGAAAUGGGUUGAGAAACAGAUGAACAAAAGGUCACCUCGCCUUACACGUUCUCCUCGUCUUAGUCGCUCACCCAAACACCAGAGGAAGCAGAAUACGCUUGACUAUAGUCUAAGCUUUGAAGAUGAAGAAGAUAUAGUGGGUAACACUUCUGCAUCCUUCUUGAUUAAUGGAAGACAAAGGCGUUUUAAUUCAAAUUGCCUUAGUUCAAAUUAACAACUGACACAAAAGCAAGGAGUUGGACUGCAACAUGCAGUUUUAUCAUGUCAAGUUCAGUUGUAAUUGUAUAUUAUAUGGUUGGAUGAAGUCCAACUACAUAUGGUCUAGUCCAGUAUUUCAGCUCAACCAAGAGAAUUAUCACUUCAUAAUCAGUCUGUUCAAAAAGAAAAGAAGGUAAGAGAGUUGCAGUACAAUUUAAUCCAUUUCAAUACAAAGAACUGUAUCCAGCGUAUCCAAUAAUUUGCUUCACUCAUUUAAUUUGUUUCUGAAAAUGAGCUUUUGUGAUGUAUUAUUCUCAUGCAAAUGAAGCUUGUUUAAAAAAUGUAAAGGGGUAUGUUGCCAGUAUUCUGUUUCAAUACAGUGAAAUCUGCUUUUACAGAAAUGCAAGGAACCAGCCCAUUUCUCUGUUUUGGACAUGUUUUGAUUAAACCCAAAUACAUACUUCAAGACAAAGUACAGUAUACUGCACCAUACAUGUCCCAUGUAUAUAUCCAUUUAUGAUAAAAUCACAAGCAAGAAAUUCAAACUACAAUGUUGACUGCACUGUUACUGAACAGUAUACAUUUUCAGUCAGUAUUCUCAUGGCUAUAUCUUAUUUCUUCCCAUGUUCCUUCUCAGGUAGGAAUCGCAGUACAUAGCAUUUGAAUUUAAAGCUAUGAAUAUUCAGGCACACCAGUUUCUGUUAAAUGCUUGUUUUUCUUUCUUUGCUUUAAUUUUAAAGUUUACAUUUAUUAUAGGCAGUCUUACUUCAUUCUUUACCACAUGCUCUUGGUACAUGAGGCAUUUUGUGAUAAAUAAUGGUUUUAAUUUACUAUAGGUACCAUUUUAGACUAGUUUUACUGUAUUACAUUCCUUGCAAAGUAAAUGUUAUGCAAUUUCUAAGACAGUCAUAUGUUCUAAAAUGUUGUCCUUCCAUGACAAAUUAAUUUCAUGUGUUUAUUGAUGUCCUGCAUUAGAACUUAUAAUAUUAAUAUUAAUAUUAAAUAUUAAUAUUAAAAUCAUACAAUCGUACAUAUCCGUUAUAAAUAAGUAAUAGUGGGACAUGAAUUCAGUACACUAAUCAUCAAACAAGCAAGAUCAUUCUGAAACAAGGAGAUGCUAUAUCAUUGAUUUAGAAUAUGUCAUUAGAAAGGACUAAUCAUGAGGGGGUGGAAAUGAAUGGGACACAAUCUUAGGGUUCAUGAUGAUAAAUUAUUAAGUGAAAUGAUAUAUAACUUAAAGGAAAAGCACAGAAACUGAAUUAGAUACUUGUAAGGAGUUUGGUGUAGAAGUAAAUGCAUAUAAAGAUGUUAAUGCCUCAUUGAAAGAACGUACGACAAAAUCAUAAUAUAAAAACCGCUAAUAAAUCCUUUGAUAAUGUGAUGAAGUGAAAGUAUUUGGGAGUCACAGUAACAUCAAAAUUCUGUUAAUAAAAAAGCUGAGAGGA